AUGGAAUCGCUGCCGGAUGACGCCUACCAUCAAAUUUUUGCAUAUCUGCCCCAGCAAACUCUAGUCGGGUGCAGACUUCUCAAUCGACGAAUUGCAGAGGUCGCUACCUAUUACGCCUUUCAGCGCGUUCGACUACGAGCAGCGGAUGGCGUGCACAGCUUUGUCAACGUCGCCAAGUCCGAGUCUCUGCGGCAACGUGUCCGUGAGAUCACAAUUGAUACCUGGGUUGGCCCAGACUGUACCUAUGGCUAUGGAAAAACCAACACGGUGCGCCUACCUCGCGACUUCUUUCGGGCAUUGGCAUACGUGAGGUUCUUCCCCCACCUGUCGACGCUCAAUCUGCGGUUCAGCGAAUACUGCGGCCCUGACACCCGAAAUGGACUCGCGGUCGAUGAGACUUGGGAUCUCAGAUAUCUUGUCCUUGACAUUGUUUUCAGAUGUGUAGCUAGGGUAUGGCCCGAGGCGCACCGUCCACUUCGUGAAGAGAACUAUGUCUCGUUCGACCGGCAUGAUCGAGGGACAUUGCCACCUCUUCCGACAGAGGGCAUCUUGCUCAACGAUGAUGAGACGCUCGAACCUAUCCAUCUCCGGACAUUGACUGUCUCGAAUCUAGCCGAUUUUGAUGAUCGUCGGUUGACAGAUUCUGACCAUUUCAAACAAAUCAUGACCUCAAAGAGUCUUAAGUCGAUCAAGUUGCUAGUCACAGAAGAAUCGAACAGAGGAACGGCAACACCAGUUUACUUUGCAGACAAAUAUGACUUCUGUGAUAAUCUCCCUAGUACAUGGCUCGCCCCAGAGAUUGCGGAGAAUCUGACCGUCUUGUCUCUGUUCUUCCAAAACUACUGGGGAUGGGUCCCCAAGAUGGACUUUCGAGCAGUCAAUCCAGGGAAAGGCAGGGCCUCUGGACUGCCCAACUUGCGUGUCUUAGCGCUGGGCCAUUAUGUCUUCAGCCAUGAAUGGCAGAUUGACUGGAUUGCAUCCAUGGUCGGGCACGACAACGGACUGGGUGGUUUGCAAGAGUUAUACUUGGAUGAGUGCCCCAUCCUGUGGCAGGCUCGUACAGCAGGGCCUCUAGAUCAGUCGACGAAGACAUACGUAUCCCAAGAUGGCGAUAUAAUCAGUCGUUCCCAAAAUGGCUAUCCGCUCAAGAGCAUGAUGACAAAUACAGUGCUUAUCGCCGACGCACCGCUGUCAGAGAGAGUACAAUUUGCUGGUUCCUUGCACUGGAGCGAUGUUCUCCAUCACUGGGCUGACCAUAUGACAGCUCUCAGGGUCUUUAAAAUGGGGCAAGGUUGUUGGUCGAACGAGAAUAAGGAGUCAAAAUGGAGAACAAUUCAGACAUACGAACAUCGCCCGUCGGCCGCUGUCAUGAGCGGCCUGCAAAGCGCCGUGAACGAUAUCAGAUUGAAGCACGAUCGAGAUGCGCAAGUCCCAUGGUCGGACCUAGCUGGAGGGCUCGAAGCAAAGAAGAAGCAAAUGCUGUCACAAAUUCAGUCAUUUGGAGAUACAACGCAUCUUGAUUAUGACUGUCCGAGCCCAAGUGCAAGGCAUGUGCCUGGAACGCCGUACGGGCGCGAAUUCCUCCCUCGACUGGGCGUUGGCAUGUCUGUCCGAGACAAGCAUAUCCUUCAGUACAUCCACUUCGACAUUGAUCUCGGCCCAACGCCGUGGAUCAACCACCAUCGCGGUGAAAAUAUGCCAGCCAUCAUAGUUCGUCUGGAGAGGUUUCGUACAUACAUUGGGGAACGACCAAGGGACAUGCUGGCCUACAACCACCUUCAGGGCACGGUGAGCUGGAGGGCCAAAACUAAUAAAAACAGCCAGACUGCCGCCUAA